AUGGAGGAAAUCCGUAGAAUUGAUCCGGAUGCUUACAAUAUACUCAAAGCCAAUCAGUUCAACGAUGCAUCAUUAAUGCUGCUGAGCGAAGGACGACUAAAAAAUAUUGGACUCAAAGAAGGACCACUGGUUUUGGUAUUAGAUGUGAUCGAACGAACCAAAACGAAAAAUGUGUUGGUCCCGUCGAAUUCCAACGUUUUGAUGAAUAAUCCGAAUUCGGAAUUAAGGAAAAAACUAGAAGAAAAUCCCAAAUUUGCUCAAGCGGUGCUGUAUAGAAAGCUCGACAAAGGAUUGGAGCUUGAGCGUAAGGAUAGAUGCGAGUUGGUUAGAAUCCUUUGUGCCGACUGGAGCAAAAGGGUUUUUACCAAAAGCUAUCCUACAACCAUCGAACAAAAAAAGAUGGCUCGAGAUAUCAUCGAAGCUUUUCCAUACUUGGCCAAUACAGAAUACAGCAAUGAAGCAGCUUUUUUCAAUCCAAAUAGUGGAAAAGGCGCAAACUUUCCUCAUUCAGGAACAAUUUACAACCACUUCCGAAAUUUAUGCCACAAAAUUCCUUCGGAAUCGAAAAAAUUCCCAAGACCCACAAAAAAGGAUUUUGUGACCGACGAAGUUAUCGAAAUUUCACAGUUCCUAGCAAGAAUGGAGGAAAAUCCCGAUAACAGAACAUAUGUUAAGGAAUACAUGGUGAAAUGCCUACCAUUGCUCAACACAAUGUUGAAACAAAAAAAGUCACCUAAAAGUAUGGUCGAAGCUUUUCCACACUUGGCAGGAUAUAAUGGCGAAAUAAUACUUCUUAUGUUUGACCAAAUCAAAAGCAACGCCAACAAACAUGCUAAUUUUUCUAACAUGUGUUUGAAAGGUCUUCUUUACAAACCAAAAAGUUUCUGUCGCAUCGAAGACGAUAAUUUGAGGGGAUUGCUCCGAAUCUGGCUCCACUUGAAUUUCCAAGGCAUCAAACGGAAAGCCCGGGAAGGCGAUGAUCUGGAGGAGCAGCUGGUCAGUUCGCUCAUAAAAUGGGUAGGAGAGGACGAGAUAGUUCUGCAAGAGCACCUUGCACAAGUCGAACUCGACUUCAUUCGCCGCAACACUUACCCUUCUGGGCACAUCUUGUGCAGAGCAACAAAAUUUUCCAUAGGGCAAUAUUACAUUUAUAUUGGCGGAGUUCUCAUCAAAAUCAAUGGCGACUUCAUUAAGGCGUGA